AAGUCGUCAUCGUCAACAACAAACACUUGAAUUUUUGAACCGGAAAAUAUAUAUUUUUUUCCUAUGUAUAUUUGCUAACUUUAAAAAUUAAAAUGUUGAGAUAUAGAGGCAAAAAUAAAGUAUUAGACAAAGUGAAGGAGCUUGAUGCUUUUCCAAAAGUCCCUGAAGAAUACGUAGAUAGUACACCGGUAGGCGGAACCUUCUCUGUUAUCACAUUUUUUAUUAUUCUCUGGUUGAUUUACAGUGAAGUAACUUAUUAUGUGGAUAGCAACUUAGUAUUCAAAUUCAUGCCUGACACGGAUAUGGACGAAAAGUUGCGGAUAAACAUCGAUAUCACCGUUGCUAUGCCUUGCUCUAAUAUUGGUGCUGAUAUUUUGGAUUCCACCUCUCAGAGCGUCUUCGGGUUUGGUGAAUUACAAGAGGAAGACACCUGGUUUGAAUUAACACAAGAACAGCAAGACGCUUUCGAUGCAGUAAAGUAUUUGAAUUCAUAUCUUAGAGAAGAGUACCAUUCUAUAUGGAAACUACUAUGGAAAAAAGGCCACGGGUCUGUCAGAGCGACGAUGCCGCCGAGGAAAACCAAACCCAACAAACGACCCGACGCCUGUAGGCUUCACGGAGUAUUAACCCUGAACAAAGUUGCUGGAAACUUUCAUAUAACUGCUGGUAAAAGUCUACAUUUGCCAAGAGGGCAUAUCCACCUAAACAUGCUCUUUGAUGACAUGCCUCAAAACUUCAGCCAUAGAAUACACAGACUGAGUUUCGGCAGUCCAGCCUAUGGAAUAAUUUACCCACUAGAAGGAGAUGAGAAGACUACGAAUGAAGAAAGUAUGCUCUAUCAAUACUUCAUUGAUGUUGUGCCAACAGAUGUUGAUACGGCCUUCGAGUCUAUAAAGACGUUUCAGUACUCAGUUAAAGAACUGGAGAGGCCGAUAAGUCAUUCUCGUGGAUCCCACGGAGUACCUGGAGUAUUCUUCAAGUAUGACAUGGCGGCCUUGAAGAUAAAAGUGCAUCAAGAGCGAGAGAAUAUAUUACAGUUCAUGCUUAGACUCUUUUCCAUUAUAGGAGGUAUUUAUUUUAUCAUAGGUUUUAUUAAUAGUAUAGUGUUGUAUGUAAGGACUUCGUUUUUUAAGAGAGUAGCACCUCAAGUGUUGGCGCAGCGAAGGUUAUUUGAGGAAAAACGGGUGCAAGUGAACCCUUUAUUGAUAACACCCGAACUAAGUGUUCCUGUGGAUUUAAUUAAGCAGAAUAGUUAGAAUUUAUCUACGUAAUUGAAUUUUAUAUAAAAGAUUGUUCUCUCACAAAUACAGUGUAAAAUGUACAAGUUACGAUAAGAUUAACUAGUGACUUGCUUUUCCUUUAUUUGAGGCUGCAAUUAUUGAAGAUAAUUAUUUUGAAGUGGAUUAUGUAAUGAAAGCAUAAAAAUCAUGUUUAUUUUAUUUUUUUAUAAGCUUUCGUCCAUAUCUCUGCCUGCGUAAUAUGUACCUUAUGUAUGCAAAAUGGAAUUUAACGUGAUAAUACAUCUUUCUCCCUCAUUGUAGCAGUUCCCAAGUUGCAUUUUGAGUUAGUAUUUUUAGUACUUUCAGUCCAACAAUUCUUUAACCAAGCUAUAAAACAAGAUUGUUUUAAUUACUUCCUUUUUAUGGCUUUAUGUUGUUAAAAAAUGCAAUAAAAACUAAAAGUAAGAACUGCUACUUUUGUUGAACUGUAAUAUUUAUACAAGAUUUUAAUCAUAUUGAUCACAGACAGAUAAAUAAAUAAUAGUAUGAGCAAAGUUCCUUCUAUAUACUUUAGUCUAUUUUGUGAUACUUUAAGUACAGUCGCCCACAAAAAUAAUUUCAUAUUUAAUUACAGAGGUACACAUCUAUACUGUUCCUGAUUAAAUCGAAAUAAUACCAUACCAUAAAGUUCGGAGUUUGCGAUAAAUUAUUUUUAUAAGUAAGCAAAAAUUCUGAUGAUAAAAUAGUAAUUAUUUAUUUGAGAAAUUAAAAUUUUUAUGUUAUCGUAAUUUGCAAAGCAUGUAAAUAGAUAGGUAUAAUUCAGGAUUUUUUUUAAUACUUUCAGUCACCUUUUGUAUAGUUAUUCACAAAUUUAAUUUACUCAUAAAAUAAAUGUAUGUAUACAAAUUGUAUAUCAAACAAAUGUCAUUUUAAAUUGUCUGUUUCAUUUAUUUAUUACCAGUCAGAGAAAGAUGGCAAAACAUUCUCAGUGAAACAUGUAUGUAUAUGUAUAGAUACUUAGUUACGAUGAUAAGAAUUUUAACUUGUCUGCAACUAGGUUUAUUUGGAACUAGCUUCUGCCCUUGGUUUCGCUCGCCUAGAUUAAUUAUUUAACGCAGUACCUUCGUGUUUUUUUUUUAAUUAUUUUAAGCACAGUACUAUCACCUACUUUUUAUAAGUAAUUAAAACUUGUUUGUGUUUUGUCUUAUCUUAAAUAUCUUAAUAAAAAUCUCCAUUUCUAUUAAGGCUGACUGAAUAAAUUUAAGAAAAUUUAAAAUAAAGGUCGAUGUAUCAUUCAUAACAUAACCUAAAUAUUAAGACCACGUUUUGAUAAUUCCCUUUCAAAGUUAUUUUAUCUGUAAUUAGUGUUUAACUUUUAUAUAUGUUCCAAAUUAUAUAGCAAUGAAAUACCCAACCUAUCCAUGAUUAUUAAACUUUGUAAAACUGA